AUGAAAGCCAACCAUUACAACCAGCCAGAUAGAAGAAUGUAUUGGGAACGGCUGGAUGAAGUGGAUAAGGAACUUUCCGAACCCAUCUUUAUAGCGCGGCUUCCCUUUUACCUUUUGGAAUUUCUCCUUUCACUUCCAGGAAACUGGUUUGGUUCCUGUUGUUUUGCAUCGCUGACGUUACCAUCGCUGGUUGCCAUUUUCGUGAAUGGUGGAAUUUCAUCAGAGGAGUGGUAUCCUUGGUAUAUGCUAGUGGGAGGCUUGGUGUUAAUGAAUCUUACGCUAUGGAUUCUGUUGAUAUCACCGAUCAAAUCGGCGACUAGCAAACGAGCCCGAAUCCUCUUUUAUGGACCUUUGACAGGAGCUUUGGCACCUAUUAUUGGGGUGAUAGUUUUGGCAAUCUCUCCUCUUCCUACAAUGUCUCGAAACAUGGGUUACUUUCAAGUUUGCGCAUGGUCCAUUGGCGUGAUUCCCACUGCUUGUCUGAAACCAUUGGUGGCAAGGCAACGUCCGGCAUCCUGGAUAUUACACAAUAAUCAUUCGAAUGCUGGCGACGAACGAAUACAGCUGCUCCAAAAGGCAGUGCAAGAAAAACACAUCAACACACUGCCAAGAAUGUUUGCACUGGACGCUUAUGCUUCCUUUCCAUCAGGGGAUACUGCCGGUGCCAUGUCUUCCAUGUACGCUUUGAUAUUCUUGCACCACCCAUCCAAUCCAGGCGUCCGACUACUAGGCAUGAUAUUUGUUCUGCUAUCUUGUUUUGGACGCAUGUAUUGGAUGGCACAUCACAUGCUGGACGUCUUGAUGGGGGUACUUCUUGCCUAUUUGCCUUGCGCCAUAUUGGCAGGCAUCUUUUGCAACUAUGACACAGGAAGCUGCCAGAUGGAGUGGUGGGUGCCACUUGUGGGUCAUUUCAUGCUGUUGCUAAUGGUCAUCUCGACCCGAUUAAUCUUCAAUUCGAGUGUCUUUGGGUCCGGAACCUUACAAACGGACGAUCGUGACGAAAAUGAUGAUAGUGGAACAGAACAGAAAAAUGAGUGA